AGUCGCGGACGACAGCGGGCGACGGCGCGGCGCGCGGCUGACCGCCGGACGGCUGCGCUCCCGUGCUCCCGCGGUCUCGCGACCCAGUGCAUUCUGUCGCGGACGCAGCUAGGGCACACUCGGCCACGGCUGCCGUUGUCGCGGUCCUAUCACUACUUUACGACGUAUUCCCGCCAAAUAAUUUAUUAUACGUGUUACAUCUUCGCGUUUUGUUUUGUAAUGCGCUAUUUUGUUUUGUAAUGCGUUGUUUUAAUGUGUUUUUGAUUCUUUUGUUUAUGUUUUUACCGAAGUCGACGGAGGCGAUUCGAUGGCUGGCGCUGCACGAGAGCGACGGCAACUGGACGGAGGCUGACUGCGCGACGGCGAGGCGCGAUGGAGCGCUGUGGGCCGGCCAGGCUCGCGCGUGCCGACGGCAACCCGGGGCGAUGGCGCACGUGGCGGCGGCCGCGCGGCUGACGCGCGCCGCCUGCCUCGCCGCGCACGCCGGCGACCGCUGGAACUGCUCUUCUAUCGAGCGCGCGCCCAACUACUCGCCGGACCUGCUCACCGGUACCCGCGAGCAGGCGUACGUGUACGCGAUGUCCGCAGCGGCGUUGGCGUGGUCAGUGGCGCGCGCCUGCGCGGCGGGCGCGCUGCCGGCGUGCUCGUGCGCCGCGCCGCCGCGUGCGCCGCCCCGCCCGCCGCGCCAGGCGCACGUCACGCCCGCCGAGCCGCACGCGAGUUUCAAGUGGGGCGGCUGCGGGGACAAUUUUCAGUGGGCUGAGAGAUUUGCCAAGCAAUUCAUGGACAUGCAUGAGAUUGACGUUCGGGAUGGUAAAUUGGAGGAGUUGAUCGAAGUGGAGACGACUACCACCGAACUACCGACCACGUUAGACCCGACCACGCCGGCGCCCGUGGUGAUCCUCGUGGACGACCAGCCGGCGCCGGCGCCCGACAACGCCAGCGUGACGGCACGCCCGCGAAAGAAGGGACGCCGCGGGCGCAAACGGCUGCCGCGCUCGCCUCGCCGAGGCAGGCCCACGAGGAAACGGUUCAGACCAAGAUACGAUUUUGAGGAUCAGAGUUCCAGAUACCGCAACUUGGAGUACCGCAUGGCCGCGGACGACCCCCGGUUCGACCCGCAGGUGGACUUGCGCACGAGACUGCAGCGCCUACGCCCGUUCAUCGCCUCCGCCAAUCUCAUCAACGUCCGUUUUGGCAGAAAGGCAGUAUCAUUAGCGAUGCGCACCAAGUGCACGUGCCAUGGCGUGUCGGGGUCAUGCUCGGUACGCACGUGCUGGCGCGCCCUGCCUCCGUUGGCGCGCGUAGCGUCCGCGCUCGCGGGCGAGGCGGCGCGUGCCGGUCCGCUGCGGCCGCGCCGCCGUGCACGCCGCGCCAAGCCGCGGCUCCGCUACGUCACACCCAGUCCAGACUACUGCGAGCCCGAUCCUGCGGCCGGCUCUCUUGGCACGCACGGAAGACGGUGUAACGCAAGUGCGGGCAACGCCGCAGGCGGCUGCGGGCGGUUGUGCUGCGGGCGCGGGCGACGGGCCGUGCGGUCCACCCGACUCGAGCGCUGCCACUGCCGCUACCACUGGUGCUGCCGCGUCGACUGCCAGCUCUGCCGCAUCACCUCGGAGGAUCACUAUUGCAAUUAAAGACCCAAUAUCAUUCCCAUUAGCAGACGUAGCAUAAACAUUGUCUUAUUUAUUUGUCCUUGUCUAAAUCUAGUUGCAUCGGCAAUUACCCACUACAGCUCCACA